AUGCGUCUUAUUAUACAUACACAUACAAUAUUUAAAUCUUAUGCACGUUAUUGGUUAACACCAAUAAUUCAUAUGUGUAAUCAAAUGAUUGAAAAAUCAUCUGAAGAUUUAAAUACAUUUCUUAUUGAUACAAUUGUUAUAUUAUUAUCAUGGAAUUCAAUAGCUAUACCAAGUGAACUUGAUAGAACAGCAGUACAACGUUUAUUAGAAUAUUUAUUUCUUAAUUGUACACAUAAAAAUACAUUUGUUAUGAAAACAAAUUUAGAUUUAAUUAAAAAAUUAAUUGAAUCAUGGAAUGAACGUAUAUAUGCACCAACAUUGAUUAUAUAUAAAUUAAUAUUUGAUCAAGAUAUUAAAUCAAAACAUAAUACUAUUGGUUUAUCAUUAAUUGGAAUAUUAUUAGCUAAUAAUAUAUUACCAUAUAAUGAAAUAAAUGAUUUAACUGAAGAUAAAUUUAAUGAAACAUUAUUAAAAAAUAUGACAAAUUCUUUUCGAAAUAUUUAUGCAGCAGCUGCUGAAGUUGUUGGAAUGUUAUUAAAUGUUAAAAAAUUAAAAGGUCAAUCAAAUGAACGUUUAUUAGAACAAUUAAGUUUUAUAUUAAAAUGGCAUAGUGGUCAAACUAUACAAAAACAUUAUCCUGAAAUUGUUGAUAAAACUGUUAUGAAUAAAUUAAUAUUUGGUUUGAAAAAAUUGUAUGGAGAUUUUAAAAUGGAAUGCUUAAAAGUAAUGAUUGCAAAUGUUACAGAAUUUGAUUCUGCUUAUUUGAAAUUAAAAGCAGCUGGAGUACUUGAUAUUCUUAUUCAUAAAGAUUUUAGUAUUCGUAGUGUUGCAUUACGACUUUUACAUAAACUUUUACCAAAAUUAACUCAUGAACAAUUAUUUAAAAUAGCACAAACAUUAUCUCUUGAUGGUUCAAAUGAAUGUCAAUAUUGGACACUUGAAAUAUAUAAAUGGAUGUAUGAUUAUAUCACACAACAGAUAACAAAUUAA